AUUCUUCGCGCACUUGUUUCCGUUUUAAUCCCUCUCGCUAUUCGAAUUUAAGCAAAAAGUUCCAAAAUAACUUUUUCAAGUUCUUAUGAUAUUCAGACUAUUGUAGAGCCAUGAAGUAGUUCCUGUUGUGUGUGUCAGUGAUGGAGAAAUCCAAGAAGGACAUCUUGAUAAAGAACCGGGUGGGGCUGGUGGAGAACAUCAACAUUGAAGAUGGCCUGCUGACGGAGCUGCUGUCUCGACAGGUUCUCACGCAGAGGACAGUCAAAAGCAUACAGGCAAGAAAGACCACUUUUGACCAGACAGAGGAAUUACUUGACAAAAUUUCGCUUAAAAGUAAUGGAUUUGAAGCACUGAGUGAAGCUUUAAUAGCAAAUGGUCAAGAGGACAUAGUGAAUUUGUAUCUAAAAGCAGCACAAGAGGAUAACGAAACCGUGAAAAGUGAAGCGAAGAUUGAGUCUGUCAUAUCUCAAGAAUCUCAAACUCAAACAGUUGUUCAGGAACCUACACGUCCCCAAUCCUCCCCUCCCCGUCUGCCGCCGCCAGGGAUACUGCUGUCUCACCCCACCACCAAAGCAGUGCAGCUUUUCCAAGAAUCAGAUUGCUCCAGUGCCCGAGUCAUAGCUCAGGCGCCACCAGAGGGUGUCCACACCUCUCAGUUAGUUCACCUUAUACACCAACCACCAACCGAUCAUGUCUUCCAUCCAAUCGCAGACCAGAGUGUUCAGUCCAUCCAAGCAUCAUCUUCUGCUCAUGAUUCCUCCAUUAUCUGUGUGUCCGGAAAUCCCAGCCAAGCUUACGAUUUCAGCAAUGCAGUAUUCUUAGAUAGGAUCAGUAAAAAUGACAAAAGUUUUAAAGAAAACGAACCAAGACAUAACAUGAAGCACUAUAUAGAUGACCCAAAUUAUCAGGUGCUGGAGGGAUCCACUCCAAAAACAGUGUCAACACAUAUUCCACUUGUGUUUAACAAUAAUAUUCACCCCAUGCCAAAAGAGGUGGUCUAUGUACCAAGUAUUAAACCUGUCCCACUACAAAGGGAGGAUACUCUAGAUGCAAUGACAAAACCUUUUGGAAACCAUGAAGAGAAUUGUGAGUCUCCAGCUAAAAGACAACGAAAAGAAGAUAAAAUUGAAAUCACCGUUUUUGAAUCAAACCAACAAAACCCAAAUGACCCAGUGAUGAACGCGGCUGCUGUCCAGCCUGUUAAACUUCAGGGUGAGCUGGAUGACCCCGAGAUAGAACUCACUGAUGGACCUGUGACCGUGAGGGUAGAUCAUACAACGAGGCAAUUCUAUAUCACAAAUUAUAAAAAGUCCUAUGCAAUGAGGAGACUGCCACGAGGAAAAGCACUGAUCAUUAAUGUGAAUGAGGUGGAGGGGAAACCCCCUAGAAGGGGGACGGACAUCGAUAGGGAUAACCUGUAUCACCUCCUGACACAACUUCACUUUGAUGUCCAGGUCUUCAAUGAUAGUGAUGGACUCACGGCCAAGGAUAUAGCACAAAAAUUAGAGAUCUUUGCUGCUGAUCCCGCUCAUCGCCAUGGAGAUGCCUCAUUUGUUUGUCUGCUCAGCCAUGGGGAGGAGGGAUUUAUAUUUGGUACAGAUGGCCGCAAACUCCAACUAGACAGUGUCUUCAAGCUGUUUGACAAUAGCAACUGUCCUACUCUGGUUGGCAAACCUAAGAUCUUUGUAAUCCAGGCAUGCAGGGGAGGUGCCCUAGAUAGCGGUGUUCCAUUUACUGAUGAACACGAUGGAUCCAGUGCUGCAUUUAAACAGCUACCAACUCAAUCAGACAUGAUUAUUUGUUUCCCAACACAAGCAGGGUACUAUGCUUGGAGGAAUCGUGAGCGUGGGAGUUGGUACAUCGAAGCCCUUGUACAAAUUUUCAUGAAAUAUGCUAAGAGUGAGGACAUUUGUACAAUGCUGCACAGGGUGAACCUCUUAGUGUCCAGGAAGAUAUCCCGGUGUCCACAGAUUGAAAUGGAUUCAAUGUCUCAGAUGUCCGAAUAUAAAAGCACUCUACGCAUGCCACAUCUCUUCUUCUAUCCUGGGAUUGGCUGCGGAUAAUUUGAAGGCCAGAGAGCUUAUCUUGUUGAUUUUGUUUUCUUUGCAUACUAUCCACUCUCGAGAUAUGAUAAAAAAAAAUUAAUUUCAGUAUCUUAUUAGAUGGGAGAAAAAUUUCAAUUAAAACAUGAAUAUAUUACAAGUAAUUUGAAAGGAGGCAGCCUUGAUUGGGGUUUGGGAUACAUAUUUUACAAAGGUGUUAUUAAAGAAUGAAACUUUGGCUUUAGAGUCAUUUGGAUAAUGGGCCCUCAGAUUUUUCCUUCCUGUUUUCAACUGUUUUGAUAGCAGUGAAAGUAAAGGAAGUAAAUUUAAUUAAUGGUUUUAUUUGUCAGUCAGAAUGAGGUUGGAGAAAAGUUUUUUAAAGAUGGUUAUGUGAUAGAAAUCAUUCCAGGCUGUAUUGUAUUGCCAAAAUAACACCCAUUAGUACAACUGUGUUGUGUUGGGUUUGAGAAAUCCGUUCUAUUUACUGUUGAUUCACAAUCGAGAGCAGAGUUAUAUUUUUAUGUGUCACAAUGUUAUGUUUUUUACAUGUUUUAUGUGAACUGUAAUACAGUAAAACACAGUUAUAAAGAAACUCCAGUUCCAGUAAAAAACAGUUCGUUAUAACCAAACUUCAUUAUACAGCAAAACACAGUUAUAGACAAACUCCAGUUCCAGUGAAAAACAGUUCGUUAUAACCAUAGAAUGUUUUGGUAUUUUCCUUUCAUAAGGAAAUAACUACCACUUUGCAGUAAACAUGAAUUCAUUAUAGCAUGAAUUCAUUAUAAGUGUGUUUUACUGUACUGUAAGGUAAUAACAUAAAGAUGUUUUAAAAUCUGAUUCUAUUAUGUUUGACAUUUAAAUAAAUACUAAAAUGUACUGUCACUUCCCACUAAUCUGAAGGAAUAUCUUGGUGGGCAAAACCUUCAGAUGGGCAGUUUUUAAAAGCUCUGUACAUGUAUGUUAUGUGUAGUAAGAGUUGUAUUAAUUGUAUUUUUUUUUUUAACUCAUCCACAAAAUUGUGUUCCUGGUUGUCACAAAUAUGUAAUGUUUGUGUUUUGCUUCAAGUUAUUUUUGGUUUAGUGUAGAGUCUAAUGUAUCUAUUCAAGACAUGAUUUUUAUCAGACAUUUUUGUUUUGUUUUUGAAUGUUUCCAAGGAAGAUUUGAUAUACAACUUCCAGUGGAAUAUAUAGUCAACCAUAUUGAUUACACACUGUAGGUAUUUUUUAUGUGCUAAGUACUUUGUAAAUAUCAAUGAUGUGGCUUUUUCAUACAGCAGGAUUUAGUUUCUCGUGGAGAAAAAAGAUGAUCAAUUACACUGUCCAGUGAGUAUAAUAACAUUACAAAGGUAGAACAUUAGCCAAUAUUACCAAAUGCCCUGUCAAGAGUUAUAUCCCUUUAAUGAUCUGCAGUAAAUUUAACCGCUUGGUAAAAUAAUGGUCUUUUUAACUUCAUUAAGCUUGACAUACUGAAUGUCUGUGAGUUUUGUAUGAAAAAAAUCAGCAAAAUUUUAUAAGUUGUUGAGAUUUCUUGUGAAGAAGAAUAGAUCUAAAUGAGUAGGGAGUUUGUUAUAAUUGUUUAUUAUGCCAAAUUAGAUUGAUAUAACUUACAUAGUUGCAAGAAAUCAAUAAUGCAUGUAAUUUAUGAUUGCUGGAAGAAUGUCUUUUUAUUAGUUUAAAUUAUAUACCUACUUGUAUGUGAAUGUCAAGUUCAUUGGCUCUUUGAAACAGUAACCACUAACUAAAGAAUUGAGGAGGGGAGGGGAUGAAGUUGCAAUUGUUGAUGUUGUAAAAAUGAGGGGAGGAGGAGGGAGCAAUGAACUUGCCAUUGUUGAUAUUGCCAUUCACUAUAGACCCUAGGUAUUGUGUUAUACUGAAUGUAAAUUAAUUACCAAAAAAGACAAUGUGGAUUUCAACUACUGUGGCACUUGAAAUCCCACCUGUAGUUAUUGCCUUUGGGAAAAUAGUCUUGAAACUGUUAUUUUCAGAUGAAAAAGAUAAUUUGCUUGUAGAAACCAAAUGAAAAUAUCAGAUAAAGAGAAUCUAAAUGAAGGUAACAAAUACUACUAGUGGAUUGUAAUGCCAGUUUACCUUAUGAUAUAGUGUCAAAAUCAAAUAUUGUUUAGCAGAAAAAUUAUAGCCCAAAUCCUUUCUAGGCAAGUCAAAACUACACUAACUAAAGUAUUAUAGUAGCAAGAUAGCUCUGAGUAAAUUUAACAAGGGGCUAAAUUGAUUUUUCAGUGUAUAAGAGCAAAAAACAAAAUUUCCAGUCCACGGUAUGCAUAUCCACAUACAUAUCCACAUACAUGUAAGUUCCAGUCCACGGUAUGCAUAUCCACAUACAUGUAAGUUCCAGUCCACGGUAUGCAUAUCCACAUACAUGUAAGUUCCAGUCCACGGUAUGCAUAUCCACAUACAUGUAAGUUCCAGUCCACGGUAUGCAUAUCCACAUACAUGUAAGUUCCAGUCCACGGUAUGCAUAUCCACAUACAUGUAAGUCAAAUGUAUAUACAUGUACCUCUGUGUGGCUAUCAAAACUAGUUCAUAUGAUAUACUGCCAUGUAUGGAUUUUAUAUAGGAUCUCCCAUGGUUGGUGGCUUGAUAAGAUUUAUAUUCAACGAGUCUUGGCGAGGGGAUAAAAAACAUAUGAGUUGAAUAUAAAUCAAAUCAAACCAGUUUACCACAAACCAUGGGAGAUUCUUUUUAUCACAUGUUAACCCCCCUCCCCCAUUGGCCCGAUUGUUCAUUUAUGUUACUGUAUUGUUUGGGAAUUUUACUUCCUGACACUUUGUAAACAAACUGCGUAAAAUUGACGUUUGUGACAUCGCAAAUGGCGUAGGGAAACAUGAUGUAAUAAUCAAAAUUUAUGUAAUAACUGAUAUCCACUGAAUAAAGGAGUAAACAUGUUAUUAUAUAAAUAUUGCAUUUAGUUGAGGGUAACAUUGAAAAUUUUCACCCCAAGAAAACCAUUGUCAACCGAGGCGUAGCCAAGGUUGACAAUGGUUUCUCGAGGGGUGAAAAUUUUCAAUGUUACCUUCAACUACAUGCAAAAUUUGUUUUAUUAUACUGAAUGUUAUAUAAACAACAAAGCAGAAAAACGUAAGUCUGUUGACAUUUGAUCAAUCACGGUCAUGCGAUAUUUCGUAUAUCUAUGCAGGUAUUCGUGUUUAUUACAAACGCUCAAACGACGUCGUCUAACAAUCUACGGCGAACCGUACGCGCAUGAAUUUGACGCAUGUGAUAAUUUUUUAUAAUAUCACCCGUUGUCAAGUACUGUUACCCGUUGCUAGAUACUAUCACCAUACUAUCGCGUGCUUUCUGUUCUCAGAGGGUAACAAUAUGUUUUUUCAAAUGAUUCUCGACCAAUCAGAUUCGAGUAUUUUACAUGAAAGUAUAAUAAAAACAUAUAUAUUAUUACUAAAGUAACUUGAUCCGAAGAGUCGAAUCACGUCUCAUUGAAAGACGCGGAUCGUCAGAUCAUGCACACAAGACGUCGAGUUUGAUCUGUUGAUCCAAGCCUGUCAACGAGACGUGAUCCAACUCUUAGGAUCAAGUUACUGUAGUAAUGAUAAAUUUAUUAUAUACCCCCUUAUGUAUUUUGAGAUCCACAUUUAUUAAAUAAUAAAUCAAAAGCACAAUUUAAUACAGUGAAAUUAUAUUUUGUGUUCGCAGCACUGUAUGUGACGCGGUCAAUAUUUUCUACAAAAAAAAAACGUUGCAUUGAUGCAUUUCAAUGUCAUCAGUUUCAGAGAAUACUAAUACAGAAUCAGAAAACCAGUGUGGUGAUCCGGAAAAUCGGAUCACACUCUGUGAAAUCAACAGUAUCAAAAAACAAAACAUUGAUGGGUAUAUAAUAAAUGUAUUUAUAAUAUUUCAUGGACAAAGUGCUGCUGGUCAAUGUUACAAAAUUGACCUAGAUUAUUUAAUGGUUUUUGUUGGUCAAUUCAAACUGCAACUUGCACAGAAUUUCACUGAUUUUCGUAGUUAACAAUGGUGAGGUCAUGGUAGCUCAUCAGUUACUUUGUUUUCAUAUUCACCAAAUUAAAGUAUGAUAAAGUAACACCCAUAUAUACUUGGCCCUACUUCAUUUUGGGUAUCCUCAUAUAGUAAUGAAUCUUUGAUUACCGGUCUCUUCUGGAUGGUUUUGCAAUCCCAAAUUUGUGCAACCACCACAUUUACAUUUUGUACUAAUUUGGAUGUUUUCCAACCAUGUGAAUUUUGGAUAUAAACAUCCAGGUGGGUCCUGCUUUCCUAUAUUUUAGUUCCUAGAUUAGGUGAUGCUGUGUAGACACGUUACAUUAAUUUUCUUUUUUUGAAUUUUUUUGUUUUAAAACUUUUUUUUCACCAAUUGUGUUCAGUGAUUACCUUCACUUGAAUAUACCAUUUAGAUGUUUUAAGUCACAUCGGUCAACUUUCCGUCCAACUUUUUUUUGUAAGCUCAUGGAAACUCUUAGAAAAGAUUAUUGUUCAAUUUUCAAGUUUUGACUCAUCUUUUCAUAUGCAUUUGACUUUGAACUAAAUUUUCAUACUCUGAGCUGUGACUUGUGGUUUUUUUUUUCACUUUCAUGCCAAACUUGUAGCAAUGUACAAUAAAAAAAAAUGUAUUGAAAUGAAAUCUGUAUUAAAUAUGCUACUCUACAUC